AUGCCGCCUGCUGCAUCGUCUACAGCGAAGAAGGUUGCAUCCUUGAAGUCACUGCAAACCAAGUUGAAGGGCUUGCAUGCUUCGUUUCGAAAUAUCGCCGAGUUUGUUUCCAACUACCCACAGGACACAACCGCCAGUCAGAUAGCAGUACGUCUCGAACGAUUGACAGAUUUAUGGGACAAGAUAACGGAAAUUACUUAUGAGGUUGAAUCUCAUGAAGACUUUAUUGUGGAAGAAGAUGCCUUCGCUAAGGAGCGCUUAGAGUUCGAAAAUCGUUACUUUGAUAUUAAAUCGUUUCUGAUAGAUAAGGCAAGGGAGUUGCAGGAUCCUCCGGUUUUAGAGCAAUCUACAAGGCAUUUAGAUAACUCAACGCUAGGGCAAGUGGAUCACAUACGGUUACCUCAAAUCAAACUUCAGUCCUUCGAUGGUAAGAUAGACGACUGGCUUAGCUUCAGGGAUCUAUUCACCUCUAUGAUUCACUGGAAAUCGGAUCUACCGGAGGUAGAAAAGUUACAUUAUUUAAAAAGCAGCCUUCAAGGGGAGGCAAAGGCUUUGAUCGAUCCAAUUAAGACUACCAGAGGAAAUUAUCAAAUCGCUUGGGAAACUUUACUUAAACGCUAUAAUAACAGCAAGUUGCUGAAGAAGCGGCAAAUUCAAUCACUGCUUAACCUGUCCACUGUUGCAAGGGAAUCUGGUCCUAAAUUACAUGCGCUACUAGAGGCUUUUCAACGCAUUGUCCACACUUUAGACCAGAUAGUACAGCCAGCGGACUAUAAGGAUCUACUAUUGGUUAACAUUCUCAUUACUCGUUUGGAUGGUAGCACUCGCAGAAGCUGGGAGGAGUAUUCUGCCAAUAAGGAGCAAGAUUGUCUCAAGGAUCUGGUUGACUUCUUACAACGUCGAGUUCAAGUUCUCGAGUCUCUUCCAUCAAGGCAUUCCGAGAGUAAACGUGAGUCUUCGCCAGUUAAGAAAAGGGUGCCAUCGUUUAGAGUCAGCCAUAAUGCAACACAAAAUUCUACUGGUAAAUGUCCAGCAUGUCCUGAGACACAUUGGCUUCACACCUGCCCGGUCUUUCAAAAAAUGUCUGUUGCUAACAGGGAAUCCUUGCUACGAAUUCACUCACUCUGUCGCAACUGUUUCAAAAGGGGCCAUCAAGCGAAAAGUUGCCUAUCUAAAUAUUCCUGCAGGAAGUGUAAGGCUCGACAUCAUACAAUGGUUUGCUUUAGGUCGGACGGAGAAGGCAAAGACUAUAAACCCAGCGAAGUUCAAAGACCGUCGACAAGCAACAUGGUGGUAGCUGAAACAUCAGAAGAAGCAAUUACGAGGGUGUCGAACCAGGCUUCAACUCAAGGUGUCUCCGCUAGCGCUUCCACGGAAAGGAUUACAAAUAUACUUCUAGCAACGGCAAUAAUAAUAAUCGAAAAUGACAAUGGUUUGUGUCAUCAUGCUCGCGCCUUACUCGAUUCGGGAUCAGAAUGUAAUUUCAUUUCUGAAGCUUUAUGUCAACGGUUAAAAGUAUCCAGGCAAGGGGUCGAGAUUUCAGUUCUUGGAGUAGGUCAGGUCGCAACAAAGGUGAAGCACAGUGUCCGUGCAAUAGUUAAAUCAAGAGUCUCAACAUUUGCCAAGAAAAUGGAUUUCCUCGUUUUACCAAAGGUUACCGUAAAUUUACCAACAUCACCUGUAAAGCCCUUCGGAUGGGAUAUACCGGAGGAUAUUAGACUGGCUGAUCCCGCUUUCUUUCAAUCGAGAGGUGUCGAUUUGGUCCUGGGUAUUCAAGCGUUUUUCAGUUUCUUUCAGACUGGAAAUGAAUUAUCACUAGGAGAUGGUCUACCGCAAUUAACGGAGUCAGUUUUCGGAUGGGUGGUAUCCGGAGAAGUAGAAUCUACUAAAAGGCCAUCACAAACUGUAUGUAACAUGGCGGUAUCAGGCACAUUGGAGCAGUUAAUGGAACGGUUUUGGGCCUCUGAGGAGGUAGGAUACGAUAACAACUACUCGCCUGAGGAAGUGCGCUGUGAGGAGCAGUAUCAGAGGACAACUCGUCGAGAUUCGAAUGGCCGGUUCACAGUAACGCUACCAAAGGACGAAAAUGUACUAAAUCAGUUGGGAUCAUCAAAGGAUAUCGCUUUAAAACGUCUUCUAGGAUUGGAAAGAAGGCUCGAACGAGAUGCAGAGCUGCGCAAACAAUAUGAAGCGUUUAUGUUAGAAUACCUUCAAUUAGGGCACAUGCAGAAGGUGGAAUGCAGUGCGCAAGAAGAAUCCAAUCGUUGUUAUUUACCACACCAUCCUGUCGUAAAAAACUCCAGUACCACUACCAAGGUUAGGGUGGUCUUUGAUGCCUCCUGUAAAACGUCAACGGGGAUUUCGCUUAAUGAUGCGCUAUUUGUUGGACCGAUCGUACAGCAGGACUUGCGGUCGAUCAUACUUCGCUGUCGAACUCGUCAGAUAAUGGUUGUCGCUGAUGUAGAGAAAAUGUUUCGCCAAAUUAACAUGGAUAACGCAGAUACCCCAUUGCAAAGUAUAUUGUGGCGAUUCAAUCGAGAUGAACAGUUUGCAACGUACGAACUUAAAACGGUCACGUACGGAACGAAACCGGCACCGUACCUAGCAAGUCGAACCCUAAAACAACUCGCUGAGGAUGAACGGGAACAGUUUCCUCUCGCGGCUCAGGCAGUAAAUGAAGACAUCUACAUGGACGAUGUAAUAUCUGGAACCAACGAUAUCAACACCGCAGUUGAAUUACGAAGACAGUUAGACAGCAUGCUGGCGGGCGGAGGAUUUAAACUACGAAAAUGGGUAUCUAAUAGCAAACAGGUACUGGAAGGUAUACCAAGGGAGAAUCUGGCACUCCCUGAGACGGAAGAAGUUAGCUGGGACCGUGAUGCAACGGUAAAAACUUUAGGACUGUCUUGGCUACCUAAAACGGAUUGUCUAAAAUUUCAAUUUGCCAUUCCUCCACUCAGUAAAGAGGAACAUCUAACAAAGCGAACGAUUCUAUCUAUUAUCGCAUCGCUGUUCGACCCUCUAGGGCUAUUGGGUGCAACGAUAGUGAAGGCAAAAAUAUUAAUGCAAAGAUUAUGGCACCUCGAUAACGGCCAAGGGGAAAGGCUAUCAUGGGAUGAACCGGUACCGGAAAUGAUGCUUCGGAAAGGGCUUUUGGCUGUUGUUUAUAUCUUCGAAGCACUGAUGGGAACGGAAGAUAUACAGUCCAACUACUAA